AUGCUUCGGGCUAAAGAUUGUAAGGAUCUCCGUGAAAAUGGUCACACUAAUUCCGGUGUGUACGAGAUUUAUCCCUUUGACACCAGCUCCCGUCCUGUCAGUGUUUAUUGUGAUAUGGAAACAAUGAACGGAGGAUGGACGGUAAUACAAAAACGAGUAGAUGGAUCCCUAAGCUUUGAAAGGAAUUGGGCAGAUUAUAAGAAUGGUUUUGGUACACCGGAACAGAAUGUCUGGAUCGGAAAUGACGUAAUCCAUCAGUUAACAAAGGGAAAGACCUCAUCCUUGUAUGUUUCCAUCACAACAUUUUAUAUUACGAAUUGGUACGAGUUGUACGAUCAAUUCUCCAUUUCCAAUGAAACAGAGAAGUACAAAUUGUUUCUGGAGGGACCUGCAAUGGGAACCUUGGGUGACAGUAUGUUACACACAGGAGAUGUGUACACUGAACUGUCUGGGAUGUACUUCACUACCUCAGACAGGGAUAACGACAGGUGGAGUGAAGGAAACUGUGCUGUUGAUUGGAGAGGAGGGUGGUGGUUUCACAAAUGUCACCAGGGCUUCCUCAAUGGCCCCUGGUCUUCCGGAGACUGGAUUAAUCCAUGGUUUCCUACAUUACAGAAUGGGAAGUAUAUCAAGGAGACGCUGAUGAUGGUCAAACGUCACUAG